AUGACUGCCAAGUACUCCAGCAAUACCAGAACUAACGUCUUCCUCAGUCUCCAGCUCAGCUACACCAAGAUGCCUGGCGAAGUCGUCCACCUCACGUCCACCGACGUCCGCAUCCUCCGCACUAUUUCCAUCACGACACUCGCUGCCGGCACCCAAGUUGAGUGCCAAUACUCCAACUGCACCAACCACCGCGGCAAAUCUGUCCUCAUUGCGAUCCAUGAGCGAUGCUUGGAUGUGGCGUCUCUCGUCCCCUGCACUGUGGGCAGCGUGAACGCAGAGCGCUUGAAGUGGGUCCUGGAGAGGCUUUGGAUUGUGUGCUCUUGUAAGCAUCAUCGCUUCCAGGGAGUUCUGAAUCGCGAGGAGAAGCUGGAGCGUCUGAUGGGUCUGGAGUUUGACAUACAAGGCGAGGAGGAGGUGAUGUGCAAUGCCACGCCAGGCCCCUCCAGAAACAAGCGUGUGAGAGGAUGUGAGGACAUGCGUCUGGAUGAGGUCUCCUCCAAGAAGCUGAAGGUCCCGGCCUUCACGCCGGACAUUAUCAGCAGAGCGAGAUUGGAAGAUCCUUUCACGACUCCAACCCACAAGGACAAUGGCAAGGGCAAAGCACCACUUAUCAUGACUCCCACUCCUGCUGCUCCACUCAAGCAUAUGGAGAAGUUGCCACUCAACCUCAUGACCACCACCGCUACGCCGACGCCAGUAGAUCCUGCUUCUGCUGCCUCUGGAACUUCAUUCAUCACCUGCAGCUGCUGCUCUGAGGUCUUCUCUCCAGCAGUCCAAGGUGAACAUUUCUUGUCUUGGUGCAUGAAAUGCAGGGCCUCAUGGGAAGUUUGGGUCCAGCUGGGUAUGGUGGUGGACCCAUUUGCUGUGAAGGCGUCGGAUGAGGAUAAGAAGCUUGGCAAUGCUGGAAGCUUCAACAAGAAUCAUGUCACGGACCCCUCUUCCUCUGCCCAGUCUGCCAACAUCGCCUGCAACAAUGUCGACUUCAGCCUCCAGAAUGAUCAGGCCAAGGGUCUUUCCAACGCCAAGAAUGCUGCUGUCCCUACAGUCUCGUCCGGCCUCGGCUUCGACACUGGCGAUAAUGAUCCUCUCGGCUUCAACUUGCCCAACAAGAACGGCAUCGUCGGAGAUCCUCAGAGCUUCAGCGGUUGGACUACUGCUGGUUCCCUGCCCCCCUCCUCUGCCCUUGGCUUUGGUGGUACGGGCCCAUUCGGCUUCAACUCUACGUUUGGCAAAUUCGAUUUUGGCGUUGACAGCAAUGAUCCUUUCGGCUUCAACAAGACUGGUCCGAAUGUUGGUAUCAUGUUCUCUGCCGUUGACCGCAACGAUCCUUUCGGCUUCAACAAGACUGGGAAGAAUGGUGGUACCAUGUUCUCCGGCACUUUCGGCUCCAAUACUGGCGGUAGCACAGCUUUCGGCUUCGGCAACAACGACCGGGGACAGGAGUUCAGCUCCCGGAAUACUUCUGCCGUUUCGAGCUUUCCCCCAUCCGACACUUCUCGCUCUGGUUCUGGCGGUGUUGAUGCCCUUGGUCUCGGCCUCUCGAGCCACAAUGUCGGCGACGAUCAUACCAAGAACUCCAACUCUGACAAGGCUGCCUUGACCGGUAUGGAUGAGGAUGGCUGCGGCCAUCUCCCGGAGAACAACGGCCAGACCCAGGAUUCUGACAGCAACAACAUCGCCUCUGCUACUUACCAAUUCGAUUUCGACGUCUCGAACGAGCAGACCGACAAUGCCGGCUCCCUCUCUGCUGGCUCUGGCGAGUCUUCCAACGAGCAGCCCAGCAGCAGCCCUGUUCACGUCCACGACACUGGCAUUGCCCAUGUCAAUUCCGCCAUCAACAACGGCUUGUCGGACACUGAUCCUGCGGACCACACCAGCUCCAGCUCAUCCACUAGCGAUCCAGAAGCCGCAGAUGAGUUCGACUCCGACUUCGAUCUUGAUGAGCUCGAUCAGUUCAACACCACCAACGCCAACACGACUGCAGACAACCUCGCCGACCCAAGCCACGAAGAUGCCGAUCACGAAGACGAGUGCCCAACUCAAGCCGGCCAGUAA